AUUUCAUUUGUUUUCAAGUGAAAAGUUUCUAGUUUACAGUUACGAUUAUGUAAUUGUUGAUUAUUGGGUUCAAUUAACGUUACUAGAACUUCACAUAUUCAUGAGUUUUUUAAAUGAACUGGCUCUUAGUCGUUACUAGUUCUUUGUCUUCGUUCUUUUGUUUUUCUUCUCACCGCAACUACUCUUUUCUUCGUCUUCCUACAGGGUGUUAUGAUAAUUUCCUGAAUUAGGGUGAAUUUCAAAUUUGCGCACAAAAACCAUUUCGACUUUUUUAAGUGCCAUCAUUCUGCUGUUGAUUGCGCAUAACUAUCUCAUGCUCACCACCACGAACUUAUUACACCCUGUAUCUUUCCCUCCUUUUUGCUGCUUUUGACCAUUCCUCCUUUUAUUAACAGGUUCAAAUUUACUGGACUAUUAAACUGGACAAGCUUAAGAAAAUUUAACUUCAACAGCUUCGUUAAUCUGUUCUUUGUUAUUAUUGUUUGUUUCAACUCUUUAAACUCCGUAAUCAUCUCAUGCACCAGACAAUUCAUGUUGAUCCAAAACGUUUUCUGCUUCUACCUACUUUGUAAUCCACAUGCUUAAAUUAUUAUUUGUUUUGGUUUUCAAUUUAACUCAUGGUUUCAUCUAAAAGGUUUAAAGAUCUUCUUUAAUCAUCUUCCAUAUUUUCAUUCAAGCAAGUCAGUUGCUUCCUGAGCUUGUGAAAGCAACUUCAGUAACAGCUUGGUUUACCUUUUUUAUUUGUUGAUGAGUCUUCCACACUAUAAGGAUCUUUGGGCCUCAGGAUGACAGAUAUCAAUCAUAUGAUCGAGCUCUAUACUUUGGGUGUUGAUUCUCAAUGGGACCAUAAUGAGACCAUGUGAAGUUAAAAGCUUGAUGGUAUUGUUCAUUGCCAAUUCACCUUGUCUUCUUUAAAGCUGCUUUGAUGCUCUACUAUCAACUUUUACUUUUCUAAUAGUUCAACCCAUGUUUACAUCUGAAAAAUAUAAAGAUCUGAUUUAAUCAUCAUCCUAUCUAUUUUUUACUAAAGAAGCUCAGUGUCUGUUCUGUCCGUAAUUUAAAUUGUAAUAUCAACCUCUCAGUUAUCUCCAGUACAAGACUUCGAUCCGUAAGAUGACGGAACCUCAACGCCGGGUUAAACUCUAUGGUUUGAAUGCAGAUAUGAGUAAAAUACGGAAGUAUCCAUGUGGCUAUCCGGGUUGUCAUUGGAUUUUCACUCGAACAAAUCAUGUUGUGCGUCAUCAUGAAAGAGUUCACCCUGGCUUCAGGCCGAAUAAAUCUAGUUCACAUGAAGUAGAUAAACGAGCGACAGUAAAACAAGCAUCUAAGGCGGAAAUUGAAAGUCAUUCAUCGAAGUGCGAGGCUCCAUCUACCUUACAUUUGUGCUACAUUACUGGAUGUAAACAACAAUUUAGCACUAAAAACGAACUUAACAUUCACCUAUUACACGCUCAUUCAGUGGUUGAGCCUGAAGUAUGUAUCAAAGUCGAAGGACAAGAAUGGAAUGAUGAAGAAAAUACAACCUUGAUGACUAAUAAGAUGUUGAAUCGUCGAUAUACAUGUGAUUUUGUUGGAUGUGACAAAGCAUAUACCAAAAACUCUCACCUUUUGCGACACAAAGAAGAUUCCCAUAACAUUUUAAGACCACCUUAUCACAUUGAGUACACGAAGUCAGCUCGACCUUAUGCCUGUACCUUGCCCGGUUGUGAUAAAACUUAUACUAAAAACUCUCACCUGAUCCGACAUUUAGUUGAAACACAUAAAUUGGAAAAGCCAGCACCUAAAGCCAACAGACAAUUGCUUCCUAAUUUUGGUUCUCAUCUUGCCGCUGCCUCACAGCAAAUGUCCUCGUCUUCGUCACCAUUAUCAUCCGCGCCAUCAGUAGUAAUCUCACCAUCAACAGCAACUUCAGCUGCAACAUCAUUGAGAUUUACAUCUAAUCGCUUUAGAGCUUCUAUGGAUGAUAGACCAUAUGCAUGUACAUUUCCUGGUUGUGGCUGGAGCUUCAAACGUCAAUAUCAUCUCAAUCGUCACAUCAUAACGCAUAGGAUGAACAACCGUAAAGAUGGAAAUAAAAAUGCUGCUAAUGUUAAUCAAAAUAUUAGAAAUAAUAAUGGUUCUAAUAUUAUCAAAAAUGUUGAUAACAACAAUGAUAAUUUUAAUAACAAUAUCAACAAUAACUUAGGUUUAAUUGCUUCAACUCGUAAUCUUUCUGUUGCUCGACCUAAAACGGAAUCAAUUAGUUAUAUUGUUUUGGAAGAGGGAGAUGAUGAAGAUGACCAGGAGUCGGCUGAUGAACAACCUACUUUACCUCGUCGUCAAAUUUCCAUCGAAGAAGAUACCUUCUGCUGCAAUUUUCCUGGAUGCGGUAGAAGGUUUGUUAAUUCGCGUGAUUUGAUGGUGCAUUAUUUAGGGCAUUCAGGUCCUUCCGGUUUGCUACUUGGUGAUUCUCAUUUAAUUAGGUCAAAUCGUUAUGAUUUUAAUGACACACUAGAAGAACCACCAUUGGAAUGUGUUCUUGAAGAGUUAGAUGAUGAUGGAAAUGAGACAGAUAAUUUAAACAAAGGUGCCAAUGGAGCAAAAUCAAAAGGUUUUAAAAUCACUACGACAGUUAGUGAUUAGCUUCAGUGAAUGCCAUUAAAAUAAAAGAGAAAAGCAUAUUUCUUUUUAUUAAAUUUGCCGACCAUGACAUCAUUCACUCUCAUCUACAUCAACAGCUGUAUAUUCACAACUUGCGCCCUACUCACAGUUAGCUGAAUAGUAAUUCGCGACUCGUAAUUUCUCCCCUCGUUUAAUUUUUGGCGUUUCAAUUACUUGAAUCUUACAACUCUCAUCUUUUAAGCAACUUUGAGGCCAAAGUUCUUUGCAUACUUUGUCAAUCCAAGCCAAAUACCAAAGCCAUAUGCAGUCAAAAAUGAUGAUGGGAAAGAAAUGGCAGAAUUAUCAAAUCAAGUACAAAAUUGGUUAAAACUAACUAUUGAUCAUAGUUCAUUUCAAUUUGCCAUUACCUCAGUAAUUAUGGCUCGAUAUAAAACCUUUACUGCACCCGAUUUAUCCUUAUAUACCCGAAGGAGGACGCCUUUUUAUCGUCUAACUAUUUUAAACUGAAAUUUAAAUCAAAACCAAGAUUAUCACAACUUCAACCGAAUUGCCUGCAUGAAGAUUUGUAAUUUUCAUUCAAAUAUGUUGGGAAGACUCGAUACCUAAUAUCGAAAUAUUCACCUUUUCCAUCUUAAACAUCGCUCUAUCUCACCUAAGUAGAGUCGACUUUGUUCCGUGAAGGAUUACCAUCGAGAUCGUAUAAAGAAUUCAUUGAUUUAAGGAUUUUUUGCAUGGCUUCCAGUUUGAGUUCGAGUUUUCUCAGCAACAUUAAUAUUAAAAUAAACAAUCAAUUCAAAAUAUUGAUCAUUUGGAAGACUGUUUACAUUUAAUUUUGCUGCUAAAAAUACCUUUAUGUUGCAUUUCUGACAGCUUCCGACAGCUUCGACAAAUACUUUUGAAAAGUCCAGCUGAUCUGAUUAAUCACUAAUCGAUUGAUCUCAUAGACCAUGUUAUCUAUUAUCAUGAAAUUUUCUCUCUCUAAUUCCUGCCUUAGGUUGAGAUAUUAACCUAACCUGUAUCUAUGUGUGAAAAUCGAAAUGUUUUUCUGUUACUUCUUGUUACCUUUUAUUAUUGUUAUUAUUUGUUUGUUAUUUAUUAAUGAAAUUCAUUUGUUAUUUCUGCAAACUUUUCUUUCUUUCUUGCUUUAAAACCUUAUAUUGAUUUAAUAAUUUCCCCUUUUUUCAGACACUCAUCUCAAUCUUGAUUUAUUGCAUUGUAAACAUUUUGUUACCUCUUCCUCAAAAUGCUAUCAUGCUCUGUAUUCUGUUCUGAAAAGAUCAAUUCAACAAAAUGUGAUUCAAACAAGAAAUUAAUUUGAAA